GGAGCUUCGCCGCUGUGAUGUAGAAUUUGUGGAAGGGGUGCUCAAAGUGUAUUCUGGUAGGAUAUAUUCAUCCCCACAUUCUUCCUAAACCACCACCACUUCCCUCCACCACGUUAAACGACGUCAUCGCCAUAGAUACAUUAAGCUUUUAGCCGCAUUUCUACAAAUUUAAUAACUUUAACCUAACUUCCACAUAACUACUACGUAUGCACCCGAAAAAAAUUUCUCGAAUUUUCGUGGCUACCUUCUAAAGCUUUUGUUAGGACCGUCGUGCUCGUCGAGUGGUGUACCCAAUCAUCAGAAUGUUCACUCACCAGCGUGUCUUCCAGCUGUUCCAUUUGCCGAGGUGAUUGACCUUCAUAAUUUUACUGUUACUUCCAACUUUAUUCAAGUAUACUACAACACUUCAAUGUUAAGGUACCUACAGGUUAAUAAUAAAACCACAAAGAGUGAGAUUUCGGUUUCAUCGUGUACUAGUACCUCGGGGACAGCCAUCGCCAACAAACAUGAUGAAGGCGGAACCGACUGAUUGCGAUGAUGACUUCACAGGCAAGAAUAAUAUCGAGCAUUUUUAUAUAGAAUACAAAGGUGUACAAAACCAAACCAUGAACUUCACUCCUUUCGCGGGAGUGCCCCUCUCGGCGGCCUUACCGGUCGCUACCCAGUUCGGAGGGACAAAACUGACUCAAGGCGUAGCGACGGCAAACGGACAAGUGGUGGGAGUGUUGCAAGGCGGCGAAAAUGGAGUUCAUUACAUUCGUCCAUUGGACCCAUCGGCGUUCGCCACAAGUACCUCUCCCAACCAUCCCAACGGACAACAGACCCAAAUUAUUACUCUGCCCAUCACAAUGCCCGGAUCAAAACCGGGCGAUCCUCAGCAAACCGUUCAAAUACAAGUAGUCAAUCCCAUCCAGACAGCCGUCACCUUACCACAAACCACACAACCUCCAUCACCGAAAUACCAAAUUUCGCAAAUACCUAUGCAACCAUUUGGGCAGGGUGCGACAGUUUUGACCGUCGCCUACAAUCCGAAUCAGGAAGGAAUUCAAAUUGUGGAUGGACACAAUGGUAUACCCGAAGGCAUGACAGUAGUAGCAGCCUUACAACCUCAAGAUAUACAACUUAUCCAACAUCAGACAACGGAUGAAGCCGAUGUUGAUAAGGAUAUGGUACCCACACCGGUUGCAAUUAUCAAAAAUGAAAAUUUAAAAGACGACGCGAAUGGUGAAGCAGGCUCGUCGGCGACAAACGCUACCUAUUUACAAAAUACCGCCGUCCAGGAGUAUUUACAAAGGAUACACACCGCCACCUUGCCACUCAGUUUGCAGCAAUUCUUGAGGUUCAACACGGAUUCAGUGAUUAAACGAGAGCAAAUCACCGAGGAUGGUGUGAUAGAAACGAUUGUAGAACAACACGAACAAGACUCGUUAGUAAUGAACAGUGCAGAAACGGAGGAAAGUGUCGAUGACCCCGAAAAAGGUAAAAAGAAGAAGAGAUACAAAAAGAAGCCACCCAAACCGAAAAAGCCAAAGCCAGGUCAGGUUCACAUCGCAACAGCUUUGGACGGAACAAUAUUAUUUUGUUGCCCCGAAUGUCACAUGGCCUAUCCCGAAAAGGAACUACUCGAACAACAUCUCGUCGGGCAUAAGAUCGAACGUAGGUUCAUCUGUGAUAUUUGCGGUGCCGGUUUGAAGAGGAAGGAACACCUGGAGAGACACAAGCUCGGUCACAAUCCUGAACGACCGUUUGUAUGUUCGAUUUGUAUGAAAGGUUUCAAAAGGAAAGAACAUUUGAAUUUGCAUUUUGUCAUCCAUUCGGGGCAUAAAACGGAAAUAUGUACGGAAUGCGGUAAGGGAUUCUACAGGAAGGACCAUUUGAGGAAACACGCGCGCUCGCAUAUUACCAGACGGGCUAAGGAACAACAACAGCAAUCUCAAAUGCUGGUUAAUAAGGACGCCACUACUCAAGUCACCAUACAGGUACCAUCACAACAGCAAAUACAAAUACCUGUCCAAAUUCAAGUACCGCAGCACGCGAUUCAAGUUACUGGCGGCAACGAGGAGGAGCCCAAUCCGGUUAGCACGGUCGUGUUACCAACCGUAUCAGAAAGUAUGACAAUUCUCCCCCACUAAUAUUUUUUUACAUCACUGUUUCUCUAUUAAGAAUUAACAAUUAUUAAUUAUAUGUGACUAAAGUAUUAACAAUGCUUUUAUUUGUUACGAAAACACAUGGUUUAAUUUGUAGUGAUCAAUUUUAAGUACCUAAUAGAGUUUCGUUGUUGAUUUCAAUCGUACGUAAAAUAAUUAUUUAUACAUCACAAUUCUGAAAGUCAUUUAUUUUUAAUGUUUGUAUAAAGUGUGGAAUUACCUAUUCUCUGUUGGACCUUAAUCUGUAUAUAAAAUAGUGUCAAUGUAUAUAAUGUAAAUACUUCACAUUUAACGGGAAACAUCUUACCACAGGGUGUGCAAGAGAUGAGACUUUGCAGCCUGCCUUGACCUACAGCGUUUUGUAAGUUUUUAGCCUGUAGAUUCGGAUAAUUAUUAA